AUGUCAAUGCAGUUAUCACCAAUCUUCAAGCGCACAUUCCGUUGGAUUAAUAUGCAGAGGGAUUGUCGAAUGAGGAAAAAGCGCUUACAAGCCACCUGCACGAUACAGAACAACGUACGCAGAUUUGCCCGCCUUGCCGAUUGGCCAUGGUACCGUAUACUGAACCUUAUCCGGCCUCUGAUACCCAAGGAAAGGGAUAAGGAGCGGAUCCAAGAAUUGGAGCUGGAAAACGAGAAGCUGCGCGCUGAAAACGAAGAACUCCGUCAUGAACUUCUCAAGGCCUCCGCAAGCUGCGACGUCCUCCGAGUUAAAGUCGAGGAGGCUGAACAGGCAGCUGAGGAGGUUCGUCGAAUUAGCGCAAAGGAGGUCGCAGAGAAGAACAAAGAGAUCAAAAUGAUUCGUUACGAAAUGCAGCAAAACGAAGACGUAUUCGACAUAUUGGAAAAGAAGUACAACGAGCAACAUCAGAAGGUCAUGAGAAUGAAUGAGUCACUGCGUGAAUACGAGCGCAAGCUGGAUCAGGUGGACAUGGAAAAGGAAGAGCUAGAGAAAGACCUGAAGAGGUUGCGUGAUGCGUUCGAAAAGGAAAAGAUGCUCAGAGAGACAAAAGAAAAGGAAUGCGAAAGGUACGAAACACAAAUAGCUGAGCUAAAUGCCCGUUUGACAAGAAUGAUGGAUGAAUUGGAGCAGGCAAAAGAGAAAGUGUUAAGAGCGGAAGCCGAAGUCGAAGAAGAGAAAUCGCGUGCCCAGCGUCAAAUGAAUGCUGUGACUGAACUCCAAGGAACAAUAUCAGACCUCAAUAAAGAGGAAUGCCGACGUAAAGAUCAAGAGAUAAACCGUUUGGAGAAAAAACUCGAGGACAAAGAAGUGGUUAUGGCCGAUUGCUUACGUGAACUAAAAGAGCAGCAUAAGACCCGAGUCACGGAAUUAGAAGAGCGUAUCGCUGAAAUGAAGAGGAGAAUCACGAAACUUGAAUCCGAAAACAACAUGCAAAAGCUGAAACUGGAGACGUCUAUUGAACGCGAAUCAUCCGUUGAUUCGGAUUACGGUACGUGUAGCCGGCUACUUGCAGGUGAGCUCGAUCAAGAGUUCUACCGUGCAUUCAGCCGAGUUUGUAAACCUAAUAUUGUCCGAUUCCCAUGGGGUCUGGAACAGGUUGAAGUGUAG